AUGAAACUCCACCCCGUAGGCCUCUUCCUGCUCUCUUGCACCUGUCUGCUACUAUGUGCUGCCGCGCCGGUGACGGUGAGAGCAGGCAUCCGGCGUGAAGCUGAAGCGCUAGUGAAUUGGAAGGCUAGCUUGGUCAGUGCGGAUGACUCCCUUGGAUCAUGGUCGUUGGCCAACUCCACCAGCCUUUGCAAGUGGACGCACAUCACUUGCAACUCGGCUGGGCACAUGACAGGGCUCCAUUUUAUGGAGGCAAGUUUGAACGGCACACUUGACAGGUUCGACUUCUCGGCUUUUCCCCACCUGAAGAAUCUCACCUUGAGCAGCAAUGGUCUAUAUGGUACAAUUCCAGCAGGGAUUGGCAACCUGACGAGCUUGGCCCGGUUGUAUAUCUUCAAUAAUCUGUCUUUGAGGGGUGCCAUUCCGCGCAGCAUUGGACAGCUGAAGCACCUUUCCGCACUGUAUCUAUUAUACCUGGGGCUCGAUAGCAAUCUACCUCAAGAGAUUGGUAACUUGACGACCUUGGAGGAGCUCCAUCUUUACUCGGUUACUUUGACCGGGUCAAUUCCACCAACAAUUGGGGUGCUCGUGAAGCUCCGCGUGCUCAGCAUGCAAGGGAACAAUCUGACAGGGAGCAUCCCACUUGAGAUUGGAAACAUGACACAACUAAACAUCAUGAGCUUAUGGUCUAACUAUUUACAAGGGCAGCUACCAGAAAACCAGCUCGGAGGCCACAUCGUCCCCGAGCUUGGGAAUAGCAGCCUCCUGGAGACAGUUGAUAUUGAAAUGAACAACUUCUCCGGGCUGUUCCCGUCAUCCAUUUGUGUAGGAGGACGACUGAGUAUUGUCAGUGCUAGGUCCAAUGGAUUCACGGGCAUUCACCACCAGACCUUCCGAAACUGCACAUCCCUGAUGUUUGUUGACUUCACGGCAAACAACAUUGUUGCAGAUAUAAAGGACUGCAAUAAUUUCUCUGGUAGAAUACCUUCUUGGGUAAGCAAGAGCUUGCCAAAUCUCAUUGUUCUUCGAUUAUCAUCAAAUAUGUUUGAUGGAAUCAUACCCCACCAGAUAUUAAAAUUCCAGCAACUCCAUGUAUUGGACUUGUCAAAAAAUAAUCUCAUUGGACCCAUUCCAGACAAUUUUGCCAAUUUUACUGGCAUGGUACAUAAUGCAGGAGACAUUGUCUUGGACAAUAAUCUAAGAUUGGAGAUAAUUAGUGGGCAGAUUCAAAUAGUUUGGAAAGGUGUGGAUCAUGGUUUCCCAAUCCUAAUGGUAGGUAUUGUGGGUAUCGACUUAUCUGGCAACUCUCUUUCACAAGAGAUUCCAAAUGGGCUCACAACCCUUCUUGGGCUGAGGUAUCUGAACUUAUCAGGAAAUCAUUUGUUAGGCUGCAUUCCCGAAGACAUUGGCAAUCUAGUACUGCUGGAAUCCUUGGACCUUUCUCUGAACCGACUCUCGGGAGAAAUUCCUCCAAGCUUUGCAGGUUUGAAGAGCAUAACCGCUCUGAACCUCUCGAGUAAUAAUUUAUCGGGGUUGAUACCUAUGAGCGACCAGCUGCGAACGCUCCCAGAUCCAUCCAUAUACAGCAACAAUCCAGGGUUAUAUGGUUUCCCCUUGGAGGGCUGUGUAGACUCGUCGACAUCGACGCAAAGCGGAAUGAGCCAGGCUGAAGACAGCAGGGAGGCAUUGUGGCUGUAUUGCUUUGUGGCUGCUGGGUUCAUCUUUGGGUUCUGGCUGUACUGCGGCAUGUUCUGGUUUUACAGCGAGACCUGGAGGUGUGCAUUCUAUCAGUAUGUCAACAACAUGCAAGGGAAUGUAACCAAGAAGAUGUAUAGCUGCAUGUCAUACUUCCAGGCCAAGGUCCAUGAACGAGCAAAUUUUUGGGCGCUAGACGUGCAAAUUACAGAUGAAUCAGUGCAACAUUUACUUUCUGAUUGUGUGGAACACUCCUCUGGCCCCUCCGCCGCUGCGCUCCGCGCCAAGUCCGACUCCCUCCGCGCCGCCACGCACGACGGCGAGAUCGUCGGCGUCCUCAACUCCGUGAUCCAGUCCCACCACCGCGACCUGGUUGUGAGGGGAGCCCGUGGGCAUACUGAGAUGGAGCUGCCAGAUUCAACUUCGAAUAGAGGGGAUGCUGCCGCUCGGACCUUCGAAUUGACAGUCAAUUUCUUUCCAUCAAAGGCAAAAUUAGUUGAUGGUAGCAUACAGAACAUCGAGAGAGACACUAUUGUUAAAUGGGAGGUUGAGUUUACAGAGAUUGAUCCACAAGUUCUACAGAACAUGGGAGAGACGGCAGUGAAGAAAUGA